AUGAAGCUCAACAUCGCGUACCCCGCCACGGGGUGCCAGAAGAAGAUCGAAAUCGAUGACGAGCAGAAGCUGCGCGCCUUCUACGACAAGCGCGUCAGCGCCGAGGUGGAGGGUGACGUGCUGGGCGACGAGUUCAAGGGCUGGCCGCGCCCUCGCCGCAAGCAGCUGCGCCCCCCAAAACGACCUCGCGCUGUGCGCACCUGA